AUGGAUGAGCCUCCCAACCGAGAGCAGUUCGGUCAUUUGACAGGUGCGCGAAGUCUUGCGGCCUUCUGGAUCGUCUGUGCGCACUACUUGCCAAAGCGAGAUGAGUCAUUCAACGCGGUUUUUCGUGUGAACGUGGCCGUCUGUUUUUUUGUGGUCGCAAGUGGCUUCGUAACACACUGGGCCUACGGAUCCAAGGUCUUCAACACAUGGAGUGACAUUCUGCGUUUUUACAUGCGCCGUCUUGGCAAGGUGGUGGUGACCUUCUGGAUUGCCUUGCUAUGGGCAGCAUAUUUGCUACAUCGAGAGGGCGUAGAAGUUGAGCUGUCGUAUCUCUUCCGAUGUGCCAUCUUCCUGGAACAAUGGUUUAAGUGGUGCCCGAAUGGUCCCUCUUGGUUCGUCUUCGUGUUGCUGCCUUCUUGGAUUCUGUAUCCAUUUACGCGGAAGGUCCUGGUCCUUGCGGAGGAGAAGCAUGGAGGUUCUGGCCUCUGUGUCGUCCUUGCGGGGCUGUGGAUCAUCUCUUUCGGUCCAGCCGUAGUUCUGCUGCUCUUGCAGGGGAACAUUACAAUGCAGCAGCAUGCAGAUAUGUCAUUUUGGCCACCAGCACAGUUGGCUGACUUUGCCAUUGGCAUGGCAGCUGCUGCCAUAGUUCGCCGAUCACGAGGGGCAGAUGCUGCGUGUGGCACCUUGAGGCCAAGCGUACUUGCCGAUAGUAGCCUGCUCGUGAUCCUGCUGGUUGUGUUUGCUGUGCCCCGACCGCGGACAACGUAUGUACUGCAUUUGAAUGGUUGGGAGCCCCUUCUGGACCAUGGCUUGGCCCUGCCAAUAGCAGGCUUUCUGCUGGGCUCCUGCAUGCAAGGAACUGAAGGUUUGAGCGCCAGGCUUCUCAGACAUUCCGCUUUGGUAUCACUCGGGGAGGUCAGCUUCGAGGUGUACAUCUUCCAGAGGCCGAUGCACGACACGUUGACCCUUUUCCUUCCAACAGACCAAAUGGAGGCCGGGCGGGCCUGGCCCGCCUGCUCCCGCCUGCUGCGUGAAGUGUGA